ACUGUUAAAUGUUAAUGUCAGAGCAUCAAUGAAAAGGUUAUAAAAUAGAAACUAGGAAGGAGCUAAGUAAAAUCAUAGUGUUCAAUAGUCAUAUAAUUUUUCGGAAAAGUAAUAAAUGGUUUAUCCUUAAUAUUAGGAUUGGAUAAAGAGGAUGGCGUCGACGGGUAGUACUCCUUUCCCAAAGUGGCAACUGGCCAUACUACUCGGGGCUCCUUUAGCUAUCGGUUUAGGUUACCUUUAUCUAAGAAAUAGACUAGAAGAUCCUGAAAAAAAGAAAAUUGCCGAAUUAAAAGCAAAGACAACCAUUUCGCUGGACAAUGAAGAUAAUGCAAAAGCUACAGAAAGUGCUAUUGACCGUGCAAUGAAGUUGAAGGGAGCCGGAAAUCGAGCUUUUCAUGCAGGUGAAUAUGAUAAAGCUAUAGCUCUUUAUAAUGAAGCUAUCGAGGCUUGUCCUCCUGACCGUUCCGUUGAUUUAGCUACUUUCUAUCAAAAUCGUUCUGCAUGCUAUGAAAAGCGAGAAAUGUGGGAACAAGUCAAAGAGGAUUGUACCUUUGCCCUAAAACUGAACGAAAAAUAUGUUAAAGCCUUUCUUAGACGAUCACGAGCGGCUGAGAAAAGUGGUGAUCUUGUGCUUGCAUUAGAAGAUGUUACUUCUGCUUGUAUCUUGGAAAAGUUCCAAGUGCAGAGUUCUCUGGUUAAUGCGGACCGUAUACUUAAAGCUCUUGGUAGACAACAUGCUCGAGAAGCACUUGCUAAGAGACGUCCAGUUAUGCCAUCGAAACAUUUCAUUAAAACAUACUUCUCUGCUUUCUCUGAAGACCCUAUUGGUAAGAUUAAUUUAGAUGACAAUGCAUUAAGUGGCUUUGCAAAGGCAAAGAAAGCUCUUGAUGGUCAGGAUUACGAAUCAGUGGUAGCUGCUUGUACUGAAGAACUGGAAUCAGAAGGAAAGUAUAUGUAUGAGGCAUUGCUUUUGCGAGCAACAUUUUACCUACUGCUUGGUAGACAUGAUGAAGCACAGGCUGAUCUUGCCAAGGUUAUUGAUAGUGAUGCUUCACUAAAAGUUAGAGUUAAUGCCCUCAUUAAGCGUGCAUCUCUAUUCACUCAAUUGGAAAAUACAGAGCGUUGCUUGGAAGACUUUGCAAAUGCAGCAAAAUUAGAUCCUAAUAACUCAGAUAUAUACCAUCAUCGUGGUCAAGUAUAUCUACUCUUAGAGAGAAUGGAUGAGGCAACAGCGGAGUUUGCUAAGGCAGUUGAACUAAACCCUGACUUCUCAAUUGCUUAUAUUCAGAAGUGCUAUGCUGAUUACAGACAUGCACAGUUACACAAAAACAUUGGAGCCUUGACCCAAGUGAGAGCUGAUUUUGAAAAAGCUCUAGAAAGAUUCCCAAGAUGUGCUGAAGUGUAUAUUUUAUAUGCACAAGUUUUGUCAGACCAACAAGAGUGGGGUCGUGCUGAAGCUCUGUUCGAGUCUGCAUUAGAUGUUGAUCCCAAUAAUGCUACACUGUAUGUUCACAAAGGUCUUGUACAAUUACAAAAAAGCACAGAUUUUGAUAAGGCUGUCAAGUUAAUUAAUAAAGCAAUUGAAAUUGAUGACAAAUGUGACUUUGCAUAUGAGACACUUGGCACAAUAGAAGUUCAAAGAGGAAACUUAAGAAGAUCAUUGGAGCUUUUUGAAAAUGCGAUCGCUCUAGCCAAAACUGAACAAGAAAUGACACACUUGUUCUCAUUAAAAGAUGCUGCAGCUGCACAACUGAAGGUCUCAGAGCGUUGGGGACUUGAUUGGACUGUCAGUUAGACCUUACUUUGGUUUCAAUUCAAUUACACAACGAGAAUAAAAUCCUGUAUAAAUAUGAUACAUUGAUAUGGUUUGAAAAUAAUACUUAGUUUAGAUUUGAAUAAAAUUUCAUAUUGUAUUUAAACAGAUAUAUUUUUUUGUUUGCUACACAAUUAGACUUAACCAUAUUAAAAAUAUUUAAAGUUUAUAAAUAAAGAUUAACUGUUAGCCAUGUCUAAAUGUACAAACAGCAGUUGAAUUUAGUUAAUGGUUCAGUAUAAGUUAUUAUCUAUACACAUUUGGUCAGUAUCACUUUAUUAUAUUGGACUCUAAAAUCUCGUUGUGAAUUAAUUGUGUGCAAUCUUGCUGUAAAGCAUUAAGCCGUUGCCAACUCGUCGCUCUGUAAUUCCAUGCUAACACACAUGCCACCCCAUACAGAUGAACAUUAUAAUUAGUAUUUAAGUACAUCUGAUAUUGUGACUUUGCUUAUAGCUUAGAAAUUUUUAGGUGUUUUGUGUACAUUUUAUGAAUGUUUGUAUGUAAUUGUGGUUUUAGAAUAUGUUAUGAGCAUUAUUCUCAUACUGAUUGAAAAUAUUUAUUUAAUAAUAAUUGGUUGUUACCUAAAUUCUUUUACUAUUUUCCAUUAAAUAUUUUGUAAUAUUCUAAGCGCUUUAAACAUAUUGUAGUUAGUAACUUGUGUCAUUUUAUUUUAUAAAUCGAAAAGUACUUAUUAAAAAAGUAAUAUUGAAAAUUAUAAAAUGAUGGGAUUGUUACAAAAACUAAAUAAACUUAAGUGUUAAAUUUAUUUGCUGACAUAUUUAGUGCUUGAUCAUUUUACCUUCAUUAUCGCCUGAGUAUUUGAGGUACUGCUUUUAAUAGUCUCUAUGCAUGUAAAGAUUUUAUUCAAAGCAAAAUAUCUAUUUAUUACAAUUUUCAAGUUUUAUCGAAUUCAAGAAUUGUAGCAAGAUAGUCUUGAAUUUUAUUAUAUUUCUAUAUUCCAUUGCACAAUGUAAUAAGCAUUAGAAGUUUGAAUAAAAUUAUUAGAGUACAUAUUUGGCCUAAUUCCAUUAAUUGAAUCUUGCAUUUAACACUGCCAAUUUAUUGUACGCUUUUGAAUAUAAAAUAUGUAGUUUACCCAAAUUCAUAUUAAUUUUUAUAUAUUACGUGAUGUCUUUAACCGAAUAUAAUUAUUACUUCUUUUAGUAUGAACUCAUUUUAUUUCUUGUUAAAUGCUGCUACACAGUUCUUUGACAGUUUCUGUUAGUCUAUUUUUUAUUUUACUGUUUAUUAUAAACUUUUCUAUAUACAUCAAAAUAUUUCAAAAAUUAUAAGAUUUUUUCGUUUCUCUUGAACACAUAAACAGAUAUAAUUAAAUAAAAUUGUAACAAUCUAUGAUUAUAAUUUUAUAAUAUCAAAACUAAGUCGAAGCUUUUCCUUAUUGAUUAAAAAAAGUCAGGUUGUGGUGUAUUUGUAUAUUGUUAAUUUUUCGUAAGAAAAAAACCUUGCAAUAGAGUAUCGUGAUAAAUAAACGCAUUUUGAAAAAUUGUUUCGAAUUGUCUUCAGCGACGUCACGGUAUACAGUUGAUAUUCAUAUACAAACUUGUUAAUCAACUAGUAGUACUAAUGUGUGGCGCUGGCUUUAUUAUUAUUAUAAAAGUUAUUUAGAGUAGUAUUGUAUUGCCAUUAUAUUGUUUUAGAAAAAAUAAUAAAAAGACGUUUGGGAAUACGUCCUUUAACAUAUAUACUUUUAAGAAAAUUGCUUUUAUCCAUUGUGUAUGUUGUUAAAAAAAAAUUAUGUCGAAAUUGUAUUUAUAUUUAGUUAUUGGGGCCAAGUCUGAAUACAGCGUCUUAGAGAUCUCGUAAAUUGCAAUAAUUGUGAGAUGUGUUAAAGCGAUGAGUUGAGACGAACGGUAGUGCGAUUACACGUGUCGGAUGCAUCCAGUAUUAGCGGUUACUAUUAUAAAACAAAAUAUAUCUAGAAUGUUGUCCAAGGAGGAAGGGUGUUAGAUCAAAUAGGAACUUGAUUAGGAUGCAUCUUGAAUUUUCAGUUAGAUUGUGAAUUUAGAAUGUAUAGAUUUCAAAAAAUGGUUCUACUAAAAUUGUUACCUCACCGAUAGUGAAUAGUUAUCAAUUUAUGAAAACUUCAAAAUAAAAA